AUGAGCUCUUUCGCGGUUGGUGCAGUUUGGGCACUCUACGAUGAUAUAGAUGACAUGCCUCGGUUGUAUGCUAAGAUCGAGAGUAUUCACAAGUCUCCGGCGAGUCGUCUUGAAGUGACAUGGCUUGAAUCUGGAGAUGAAGGAUCAGUUUCUGUUGCUUGCGGGAGGUUCGAAUACGGGGAAACACAAACCUUGAAAGGCCACUUGGCGUUUUCUCAUGAGAUGCAGCCUAUCACACAAUGCACGGACUUCAUCACUCUGAAUCCAAUGAAAGGUGAAACGUGGGCUCUUUUCAGAGACUGGAGCAAUAACCCGGAACAGCACAAGCCUCCGUACAAGUACGACUUUGUGCAAGUGGUGCUUGGCUUUGACGAUAGUGUAGGUGUUGGAGUGACCUAUCUAGGGAAGGUUGAUGGAUUUGUAUCUGUCUUUGAACACGCUCUUCAGCGUGGUAUUAUCUCACGCGUGAUCCCACCGGAGGAGAUGCGUAGAUUCUCUCACAGAGUGCCCUCAGUUAAACUGACUGGAGAGGAGAAAGAAGGAGUUCCCGCUGGUUCUUUCGAGCUAGACACUGCUGCUAUUCCGGUUGAGGUUGAGGAAGAAGUCAAUUCGGAAAGACAGAGCUCCGUCGCCGCCGUCGUUGUGCCCCCCGUGAGAAGAAGCCGCCGAGAAUCCAUUCCGACCCGACGCCUUCUCCAUCACAUCGCUUCUGCUCGAGCUGUUAAACAUUAA